AUGGAGAUACAGAGUAUUCUCAGCCACCCCAAUGUUCCUCGUCUCUUUGGUUGGUUUCACGACAACGAACGCAUAUUCUUGAUUCUUGAGUAUGCCCACAGGGGUGAACUUUAUGGGGAGCUUAGGAAGUCUUGCCACCUCUCAGAAAAGCAUGCCGCUACUUACAUUGCAAGCCUCGCACAAACAUUGGCCUACUGCCAUGACAAGCAUGUAAUUCACCGGGACAUCAAGCCAGAGAACUUAUUUCUCGAUUUUGAGAAUCAAGAUUUCUUCAUCCAGCUUCCUUUCAAGAAGAAUGAAUAUAUCAACCCCACCAAGGAGAACAAUUCUGGGAUGAACCCUGAACAUCUUGCUUUGGCUAUUGAGGAACUUCAACAGCUCCAACAACAACAGUUGAUUGAACCAACCACCUCAACAUGGGCAUGUGAAGCUUUCUAUGUGAACAAAAGAGCAAAGCAAACUAGAGGAAGGAUGAGACUUGUCAUUAAUUAUCAACUUCUUAAUGUUUCUCUUGUAGAUGACAUGUUUCCUCUACCAACAAAGCUAGUUCUUUUAUCCCAAUUACUAGAUGCCUGA